AUGAUACGAUCGAUUACUUCCCACCUUAGAAGAGCAACUCAUCUAAACUAGACUUCAAAAUACUUGCCAAAGUAUUUCUUGUCUGAGAACGUCAAAGAAAAGUAGUUAAGAGAGAAUGACAUGCUUUGGAUUGCUGCUAAUGCUGAUGAUAAAAGGUGCUCCAUCAUCGAGAUUCAAAAGUUCAUAUAAGAAGAACCUCUCCUUGAACAAUCUCCAAUUAGACUCAUGGAUUUAGGAAAUAAUUAUUUCCGACACAUAAAUCCCAGAAAAAAGAAGACUAUGUUAUAGCUAUUAGAUGCCUACGUUGAUAAUUUGACUCAUGAAGAAACCUAAUUAUUCCAAGAUGCCUUGUCCAUCUACUUUGAUAAUACUUAUUAAGGGAAAGACAUGGAGGCCUUGAGUUGUGAAGAAAAGGAUUUGCCAGAACAAUUGUUGUGGCAUAUCUAUAGCUUAAUGAUAUUUGAUAGAUUGAGCAGCCAUUACGCUCGAUAUGAAUAUCUGGAUUAAUUCAGAAUUAUCGAGUAUUUUAAUCAACGAGAUAAAUCUAAAAUCAAUCGAGUCAAGUAUGUAUUUACUUCUCAUCCAACAUAACCAAAUUCGUUGACCUAGUUGAUUGCUAUUAGUAGAAUGCUCUAAGGGAUCGAAUAAAAUGAUUACAAAUAUCUAAAGUACGCUGCCAAGUUAUUUAUUUAAUCAAACAAAUAACGAAUUUUUAAUAAAGUAUCGUACAUAGAAGAAUCUCUAAUCUAUCAUACUUAAUAUUUACCCAAUCUUAUUAAGGCUGUAGCUCAAGCUUAUGAACUAGGAUUGUAGAACCCUGAAGAAUAUUUUGAGACUCCAGGUACUUGGUUGACAUUUGAUUUUGACAAUCAUCCAGGAAUGGAAAUUGGUAUUAUGACUUAUACACAUGGGUUGACAAUUGAUUUGACUAUAUAAUAAUAUAAGGAAUAUAUUUCUGAAGCAAAAUUAGAGGAGAAUGAGGAUUUUAGAAAAAUUUUGGAAUUAUAUUAAUAAGCUUUAGAGUAUAGUAAAAGCUUAAGAGAUUUAAGUGAUAAGUUUAGAGUCAAAAAGGAGAUUUCGUUAGAAGAGUUCUAUUAACAAAUGCCAAUUUUUAAUAUCAAAAAAAUAGAAGAUUAAAUUAAUUAAAUUCUAGAUCAUAUUCUGGCAAAGAAUGAUGAUUCUAAGGACUAUUUUAUAGCCUUAAAGUUAAAGAAACUAUAUUCUAUUUUCAGAUUAACAGGAGUAUUGGGACAAAUUAGAUUAGCUGGUGAGGAUUUGACAGAUCUUAAGAUUAACAAAAUCAAGCCAAUGAUCAAAAAUAUAUUCAAAGAAAUCUCACUUUUAAAUGCAAAUGGACAAGCAGCAGAUAUGGUUAUUAUUGCCAAUUUCCAAACCUAAUCGCAAUAUGACUUAGUGAAUGAUCUAAUCAAUUUGUAUAAGGUUUAGAAUGUAGAAAUAGUACCUUUGUUGGAAACCUUCUCUUCAACAAACAAUACAGAUUCUAAAAUAACUAUGAUUGCCAGCAGUGACACGCGACAAAGAGAUGGUUUGAUCUUGACUGAACUUAGAAAUAUGAGAGAAUAUAAAAGGAAUCCAGAAAAGUACAUUUAUAUGGGAUAGGGCAUAACUCCAGAAAGAGGAGGUGGACCAUACACAUUGAUCCAUACUAAAUAUUAAGCGUUAACCAGAGCACAACGAAAACGACAUAUAAGAACAAUCUAAGGUCAUUAUUUCACCUCAGAGUUUGCCAGUGAGGAUGUAGCAUUCACAUUUUUGUUAAAUGGCUUAUCGAACAUUAAUUAUAGUGAUGACUUUGAACCUUCUUAUGAAUACAUGGACUUUUUGUUUGAAUUAGAUAAUGUAAUUGGAGUUCCUUAAAGAGCGAUGCAAAAGAGUAAAGAGUACAAUGAAUUAUAUGUGAAAAAUUAAGUUGUCAAAACAAUGGUGGAAUCUUUCAAUUUUGCAGGAAGUAGAGAGAUUGCUCGUCCCUUUGAAAGUAUUAAAAGUCAGAGAGCCAUUGUCCAAGCUUAUUGUAAUAGUGACAGAUGCUCCUUUACUCAUCCGGAAUUAGCUUAUUGGGAUAGAGUUCCAGAAGAAUUAAUCAACAAAAUUGCAACUUAUUAUUAUAACAAUCAUCCUCAUAUGAAAUAUAUGCUUUAUAUGUAUGCUUUGAUGGCUAGAAGAUGUGAUUUAGAUUUUGCAAAAUAAGAAGUUGGAUUAGACUCAAAUAAUCCAUAUUUUUAAGCAAUCUAAAAAGGAAGAGCAGCUUUAAUGAAAAUUUUGGAUCAAUUAGGUUUGGGUGACAAUAGCACUCCAAUGAUUGCUAUAUGGAAAUAACAUUUAGGAUGUUAAUUAUAAUCAAUGAAUAUGGAAGUCAAUUAAAAGUUUACAACAUUUCGAACUUUGAAUUAAUUGCAAUUGUAUUAGGCAAAGAAAAUGGUCAAACAUGGAAUUUUAGAAACUGACAUGGUUGCAAGCUAAAGAAAAUUGAGAAUCCUACAAUCUACAUUAGCAAACAUGACCUCUUUUGCUGGAAAGGGUUGAAUUUAUUAUAUUAAUAUCCAUAUUAAAGAAUCAUUAUUUUUAAUUAACA